AUGGCGGUACAUUCUAAGAACGAAGCCUUGAUGUGCAAGGUUUUUCUGUCCAGUUUGGGGCCUGUGGCGAUAAGGUGGUUUGAUGGUUUGAGAGCAGGAUCCAUCAGUUCCUUUAAGGAACUCACCCAAACAUUUGGGUCCCGUUUUAUUACAUGCAACAGAGCUCCUCAUCCUUUAGCUUCUUUGCUAUCUAUGUCCAUAAGAGAUGGUGCAACUCUAAAAGCAUACUCAAACCGAUAUUGGGAGAUGUUCAACGAGAUAAAGGGUGAUUUUAAGGACAUGGCCAUCAAUACUUUCAAGCUCGGCUUGCUUGCAGAGCACGGUUUAAGGAAGUCUUUGACGGGGAAACCUGUCACUAGUAUAUGUCAACUCAUGGAUCGGAUUGACAAAUAUAAGAGGGUUGAGGAAGAACAGCUGCAAGAUAAGGGGAAGGGCAAGAUUAUCCCUUAA